GUCACACUGUUCACAUCGUUCGCAAAAGCAUUCGCACACAGACGAGUUUUCCGCUGAUUUCGUUGAUCCAAAUUGCAUAUAUAACAUAUAAAUAAUACAAUUUAAGGCAAACAAAAACCUCCACAAUACAAUUCCAAGUGCUGGCCACAAGUGUAAAUAGGUUGUAAUUGUGAAAUACGUGGCUACAGUGCCAAACUCACGUGAUGAAAAUACGGCUGAAAACUUCAACGUAAAAAGUGGGAGGGGAUAUGUGAAUUUUUCUAAUUGGGAUUUGCAAGAAGUGAACGAAUUGUGUCAGAUUAAUCGCAACGCAUUUAACUGUGUGUGUUUUAACCAAAUAUGCUAAAUUUGGCAAAAGUAAAUAGAAAUAGGUGCUUUACAAACAAAAUAGUGGCAACUCGCUGAAACGAAUGCACAAACAAAAUGUAAGCUCGCUGCGGGCGCAAGCAGAGCGCGAGGCCGACUUCGAGUCCCCCCUCCAAAAAACGUCCCACGCCCACCGCCCCCAACCGUGUCCUAUGCAAUAAAUGCGCAAUACAAAGCAAAUUAGUUGUCGGCGUUGCCGUAUCCUUUGCAUAGUUUUGUUUGUGUCGUCAAGGAGUGAAAAAUAAGUUUCGCUGCCUCUUUUGCUCCCUACACAGACUUUGAGCCGUGUGUGUGUGUGCGUGUGUGUCUGUUUGUGUGCGCGCGCGGAAAACAAAAGAAAAGCACAAACAAGAAAACAAUAACAAGCGCAUUUAUCAUAAAGCAAAUACAAAACAAAUAUGUGGCCAAAACUGCUUUGCCUAUUGGCGCUGCUCAACGCCAGCUGCGCUUCGCCCAUUGAGAUCGUUAUAAAUACCACAAAUGAAGCUGGCGGUGGCAAAGCUGGCCACAAAUUGCUGCCAGCAGCAGCAGCGACAACAACAACAACGACGACGGCGAGAACAACAACAGCAACAACAAGAAAUGAAACAGCUGGCGCUUAUCUAACCAAAUCGUCGCUGUCUUACGCUGAUAACAGCGGCCAUGGCAACAACAACAACAACAACAAUAACAACAGCAGCUUAGUGCCCCUACAAUUGCACGCAACAGACGCUGCCGUCGCGGCUUCACCUCAGCUGCGCCAGUCGGCGCCCACAUUCCCGCCGCUGCAGAACAAGAAACACGAGAAGGCGAUCAAAUGCCAUUGCGAUAUCUGCAAAGAAACGAAUCAUAUCUGCGAAACGGAUGGCUAUUGUUUUACGUCUGUGGAGAAGGACACCGACAGCAAGAUAAUCUUCAGUUUUCGCUGCCUCAACAUGUCGCAGAGCUUCCCGCCGGGCCGUUUCAUUUGGUGCAACGAGGGCCGACAAGGCGGGCCAACGGCUCGGCCAGCCGCACGUCGGGGCGGUCAUGCGUGCUGCAAUGAUCGUGACUUUUGCAAUCUGAAACUUCGACCGAUUAUCAAGCAGCAAAGUGCCACACCUGGUGGACGCCAGGAGUCGGUGGGGGCAUCGGUUAGCCCAUCGGUUAGCUACGAAGAAUACCGAUCUAAUGAGACGCUGUCCAGCUGGCAACUGGUGGCCAUCAUCGUGGGCGCCACCUUGAGCAUUUGCUUUUCGGGCACUGUCGCCUGGUAUUGGUGUCAGCGUCGCAAGCGUUUGGCCAACGGGCGACCGUUCACCAAGGAGGAUUCUGUCUAUGAUCCCAUACUAAAUGGUAAUACUACGCUUCAUGAUAUUAUCGAGAUGACCACCUCAGGCUCUGGAUCGGCUGGACUGCCGCUGCUGGUGCAGCGCUCCAUUGCACGUCAGGUGCAGUUGUGCCAUGUGAUUGGCAAGGGACGCUUCGGCGAGGUGUGGCGUGGACGUUGGCGUGGCGAGAACGUGGCCGUCAAGAUCUUCUCGAGUCGCGAGGAAUGCUCCUGGUUUCGUGAGGCGGAGAUCUAUCAAACUGUAAUGUUGCGUCACGAGAAUAUAUUGGGUUUCAUAGCAGCGGACAAUAAGGAUAACGGCACCUGGACACAGCUCUGGCUGGUUACGGACUACCAUGAGAACGGCUCGCUUUUCGAUUACUUGACCACGCACACUGUGGACACCAAUACCAUGUUGAACAUGGCGCUGAGCAUUGCCACGGGUCUGGCACAUCUUCACAUGGACAUAGUGGGCACACGCGGCAAGCCCGCCAUCGCCCAUCGAGAUCUCAAAUCGAAGAAUAUACUGGUCAAGUCGAAUUUGAGCUGUGCCAUUGGAGAUCUGGGUCUGGCGGUGCGGCAUGUGGAAAAGGAUGAUUCAGUGGAUAUACCAUCCACUCAUCGCGUGGGCACCAAACGCUACAUGGCGCCCGAGGUGCUCGACGAGAGCAUGAAUGCCCAGCAUUUUGAUUCGUAUAAGCGCGCGGAUGUCUAUGCCUUUGGCCUGAUACUGUGGGAGAUAGCGCGUCGCUGCAACAUGGGCAUGAUCUUUGAGGAAUAUCAAUUGCCGUACUGGGAUGUUGUGCAGCCCGAUCCCAGCAUUGAGGAGAUGAAAAAGGUCGUUUGCAUUGAGAAGAGUCGACCGAACAUACCCAAUCGCUGGCAUGCCUCCGAUGUGCUCCACAACAUGGCCAAGGUCAUGAAGGAGUGCUGGUAUCCCAAUCCAGUGGCGCGUCUCACUGCGCUGCGCAUCAAAAAGACGCUGGCAGCCAUACGUGUCGAGGACAAGGUCAAGAACUGAUUGUGGCUCUAAUGUGUUUGUGUGUAGUAGCCCUCACCUGUUCCACAAGAAUUGGAAUGCGUCUAAUCUGAAUGGAGUUGCGUAUGCAACCGUGCAACCUGUAACCUGGCCCCGUGUUACCUUCAACCAGCAAACAAAAGAAACAAAACAAAAAACAUAAUGAAAAUGAAAAUUAAGAGAAAACUAAGCUAAACUAUAACUAAACUAACAAAUACGCUGUAAAUACUUAGAUCGUAUAUGCCCGAUUCCCCACACACACACAUGCUAUGAACUGUGCUCGUUUUAUAUUAUAUUAUCUUUUGCAUUUUGCAUCUACUCUUACUUUUGUACAUAUAUAUACCUAUAUAUAUACACCUAUAUAAAUAUUUCGUUGACAUUUUCCGCUGAGAUUCGCUUAGUUUUUCAUAUGAAGUCAUAAAGGCAGCGGCGCGCCACACGAAAAAAAAAAUCAAAAACAAUAUAAACAAAGAACCGCCGCACUGCCAAUUUGUGCUAA